AUGCGGGGUGGAGAGGUUGUGGUGCACGGCACUGGCAGCCACCUGGGCUCCCCUGUGGCCUGGUCCCUGCGCUUCCGCCGCGACGGGGCGUUUUACGAGGAGAUACGCAGCAAAUACUUGACUUUCAAGUGGGGGCACAACGGCGGCGCAGACAGCACAUGCUGGGAGGUGGACCCUGCGGGUGUGGCCAAGCACCUCGAGUACGACGACCACGAGUCGAUGCUGCUGGCGCUGCUGGUGCGGUCGGGGUGCUGGCUGGACCGGGAGGCCAUGGCGGGGCGGCUGGAGUUCAGGGCGCUGCACACAGACGGGGUGGCCGCGACGCCCAAGCGGGCGGGUAUGUGGUCCGCCAACGGCCACGACGGCGGUCGCAGCAGCAGCAGCAGCAGCAGCAGCAGCAAUAGCGACAGCAACAGCAGCAACAACAGCAGGAGAAACAGCAGCAACAGCAGCAACAGCACCAUCAACGUUAAUGACAGCAGGGGGAGCAGCAGCAGCGGCAGCAGCAGCACGCAGGAGCGGUUCAUCAGCGGCGCGGAUGCAUCAACAAGCUAUUUGACAUCCCAAAACAGUAGCAACAGCGGCGUCAACAGCAGCGGAUGUGUGGCCGCAGGCAGCAGCAGCAGCAGCAGCAGCGCCGGUGGCGUCACGGCAAAUGGCCCCGCCCCCAAGGGCCCUGCCCGGCGGGCGGCCAAGCGGCUGCAGGGCGCGACACGCCCCCCGCGCAGCUCCGGGCGGCCUCCGAUAUACAUUGACAUUGCCCUGAAAGGCACACAGAUGCUGGCGCGUGUUGAAAUCUGCCCUGACACCUGGCGGCCAGUCGGCUUUGGCCAGGCCUUGGUGGGCUGGGACGACUCCAGCGGCGUGGCGGCGCCCUCCCUCUGGGUGUUCAAGGGCUGGACGCUCUGGCAGCCGCCCCCGGGGGCGCCCCCUGGCGGGGCCGGCGGGGCGGUGUGGAUGACGGCGGCGGACGCGAAGGUGUCGCAGUCGGCGCAGGGGGCGCCUGGGGAGCAGCGGCAGCAGGAGCGGAACGGCGGCCCCGGCGUGCACUACCCAAUGCGCGUGUGCCACAACGCCACCGUCGGCGGCGCCCACGACUACCACACCACCAAGGUGCAGCUGCAGAGCGCCCGCAUAUCCAGCGUCGCCUUCACCAUCCCCCUCUGCACCAAGCUGCCCGUGGACGCGUCCUUCGACGCCAGCCAGCCCGCAGGCACCUGGGCCUGGAAGGCGUCCAGCGGCCACAUUGUGGCGGAGGUGCACAUCAGCGGCAUGCCGCCCGGUUACAUGCUGCUGGACACGGGCGCCAGCGGCUUUGUGCUGCAGGCGGGGCUGGCGGCCAAGCACGGCCUCACGCGCUUUGGGCAGCUCAACAUCGCCGGGCUCACGGGCAAGGAGCAGCAGUCUGUGCGCCAGGGGCUGGAGAAGGCCAAGAAUAAGUGGCACGCGGAGGUCAAGGCGCGCAAAAAGGCGCGAGAGGCGGAGCGCAGGGCGGCGGAGGAGGAGGAGCGGCGGCGCCAAAAGGAGAAGGAGGCAACAGAGGAGACCAUCGCGCAGCGCCUUGACGACCUCGAAAAGGAGAUGGAGAAGUGCGCUGUCCGCCGCGCCCCUCUGGGCGCCGACCGCCACCACCGCGCCUUCUGGUGGGGACUCGGCGGCCACGGCGCCGCGCUGCUGUCCGGCGGCGGCGGGGCUGGCGGCGGCGGGGGCAUUGAAGGGGCACUGGCGGCGGGGGCGGGGGCGGAGGAGGCGUGGCUGGCGGUGGACACGCCCGACAUUGCGGAGCGGCUGCCGGCGGCGCUGGACGUGCGCGGCGCGCGAGAGAAGGAGCUGCGGGCGACGCUUGAGAAGGCCGUCCCCGAGAUCUCCGCGGCCCUCCGCCGCGCGCGCGAGUCGCCCGCCGCGCCCGCCGGCGCCCCCAAGCCGCCGCGCCCCGAGAAAGGCGCCCGCGCGCCCGAGCGCGAGCUGCCCUCGCGCCACGCGCGCCGCGCGGCCGAGGAGCAGAUCAAGGCGCAGGCCGCGCUAACCUCGGACUUCAAGGCGGACCGCGCCGCGGCCACGGCUGAGGAGAAGCGGCGCCGCGACGCCCCGCCGCCGCGCGACGGGCUGUCUGGGGGCGACUUCGGCGGGCUCUUCGGCGGCGCGGCCGCGUGGGACGGCGGGGCCCUGCUGACGGCGGCGGACUGCAUGGCGGCGCUCGCGUCAUCCGCGUCGGCCGCGCGCGCCCCGGGGCCGGCGGGCGGGUGGGUGGCGUGGCGGCGGAAGCUCGAGGCGAUCGUCUCGUCGGGCGAGAUCGACUCUUCGUGGCUCUCCGCCGCAGAGGAGCAGGCCGCCGCUGCAGCUGCUGCAGGCGGCGACGCGGCGUCGGCCGCGGCGGCGGCGCUGACGGCGGCGCCGCCGGGCAUGGUGGGCGACCGGGGGCGCGUGUUUGUGCAGCUGAGGCUGCGGCUUUUGGAGUUGGAGGAAUAUCUGGUGGCGGCGACUGGGGAGGGGGAGCUGUACGGUCAGGAGGAUGAGGAGGAGGGGGAGGAGGAGGGUGCUGAGGCAGACGGGGAGGAGGAGGGAGGGGAGCAGGAGGAGAGGGCGGAGGAGCAGGAGGAGGAGGAGGGGCACGAGGCGCCGAAGGGCGGCGGCGGCGGCAAGAAGGGCGGCAAGCGGCGCCGCGGCGGCCGGGGCGGCAGCGGGCGCGUCAAGCGCGCGCGGGGGUCGGGGGCAGAGGCAGACGGGGGGGCGGAGGAGGAGGGUAAGGGGGACGCGGAAAUGGCGGACGCUGACGAGGACGGCGCGGGCCCGAGCGAGAAGCGCGGCGGCGGCGGCCGCCGCAGCCGGCCAGCCGGCGCCAAGGGCCGCGGCGUGCGGCGCGUCUCGCAAGCAGACCGCGACGGCGGCGCAGACGGGGCCGCGGGGGGCGGGGAUGAGGAGGAGGAGGAGGCAGCGGAGGCGGCGGCUGAGGAGCGGCGCGCGCCGCGCAGCGCGGGCAAGCAGCGGCAGCACCAAUCGGGGCGGCGGCCGGACGAGCGGCUGCGGCUGCUGGAGGACCCGGAUUACUUCCCGCCCGUCUUCGAUGACGAGGUCCCGCAAGACGAUGACAGCGCCAUCCCCGCCUCCCGCCAGCCCGCCUGCAUCUGGCGCGCCGCGCCCGAGCGCGCCGCCUGGCGCACGGCGGCCGGCGCGGCCGCGACGGCCGCGGCGCUGGGCUACUGCGCGGCGGCGCUGGGGGCGCACGGGGAGGGGCCGGUGGCGGCGCUGAGGGGCGGGAAGAAGAAGGCGUGA